AUGACGUUUGUGAAUGUCAAUCUACAUUCCGUACCAUUUGAAGAUGUGAAUGAGAUCGUUGAACAUCCCCAAGUCACAAAAGCCGCACAACAACGACAGGAACAAGUUGAGAUUCUCCUCAAAACGUUAUGUAACAUUCGUACGAAGAUGAAGGAACAUGAGGCAAACGUUGACUCAUGGGGAAUUCAUAGGCACUCGUUUAGACUUGAAGAAGAAGGUCUUCGAAACGAUGCUAUCCUUGUAGCUGGUGCCUUCAACGCGCAACUACACGAAACUGCGCUUUUGACGUAUCUCGCUCGAACACAAAUGGUGCAAACGGUGGCUAAGAAGGAUGAUUCGGGAAGAGUUGAAGCGAUUGAGCAUUUUGACAGACAUGGAAGGAAUGUUACAACGGUUGAGCGGACUCGAUUUGAUCUUCACUCUAUUCACGAUUGGUUCUUCCGUCUUGGGAGAGGCCAGAUGGUGAAAAAAUAUAACAGCGAGCUGGGUCCAGUCACAUUCAAAGGCCAAUUGAAAGAGGAGAGCGUGUUCUUCCAACCUUCACGCCACUACGCUAUAAACCCACACACUGGUAAGGAGGAGUUCAUGCGAACAUUAUGUCCAGCAUGGGCUGAUCGCGUUCUGUACAACGAACGGAUGGACCGUCUCUUCCGACAUGAUUCGUUUUGCGCCUCUGGACUCUACUAUGGCCUAGUUGGAGAGGAAGUAUAUAUAGGACAACACAAGCCUGUUGCACUGCAUGCUUCGAUAUGCGUCAAAUAA